GGCGCGCUCCGGGCGAUGGCGGCGGUGGCGGGUGGCGGCGGUAGCGGUGGUGCGGGACGGCGGCUGCCCCCGCACUCGCCGUCGGGCCUGGUGCUGCAGACGGUAGAGAUGCACACGGGCGGGGAGCCGCUGCGCAUCGUCCCGCGGCUGGAGGCGGCGGAGGCGGCGGCGGCGGCGGGGCUGUCGCUGCUGUCCCUGCGGCGGGAGGUGGCGGCCGCGCAGGACAGCGUGCGGCGGGCGCUGAUGCUGGAGCCGCGGGGCCACGCCGGCAUGUACGGGGCGGUGGUGGUGCGCGGCGGGGCGGCCGCCGCUGCCGGGGCGCACCUGGCCGCCCUCUUCCUGCACUGCCAAGGCUACAGCACCAUGUGCGGCCACGCCGUCCUGGCGCUCGGCCGCUUCGCCCUCGACUACGGGCUGGUGACGGCACCCACGCGCCCGGAGACCGCCGUCCGCCUGCUGUGCCCCUGCGGGCCCGUCACCGCCUUCGUACCCUGGGACGGCAGUCGCAGCGGCAACCCCGUCCGCUUCCACAGCGUGCCUGCCUUCGCUGCUGCCACUGACCUGUCCAUCGAUGUCCCUGGUCACGGCAAGGUGGUGGUUGACAUUGGCUACGGUGGUGCUUUCUACACCUUCCUCAGCGCCGAGCAGCUGGGCCUCGAUGUCUGCUCAUCAAAGACCAGAGACCUUGUCAGUGCGGCGAGCGCGGUGACAGAAGCGGUGAAGGAGCAGUUCAAGCUUCAUCACCCUGAAAGUGAAGAUCUGGCUUUCCUCUAUGGCACCAUACUGACAGAUGGGAAAGACACCUUUAGUGAGGAGCCCACCACCAACAUCUGUGUGUUUGCAGAUGAACAGGUUGACCGGAGUCCAACAGGUUCGGGCGUGACAGCGCGCAUCGCCCUGCAGUACCAUAAGGGACUCAUCCAGCUGAAUCAGAGCAGAACCUUUCGGAGCAGCACCACGGGGUCCUUGUUCACUGGGAAGGCAGUGAAGGAAGCCAAAUCUGGGGACUACAAAGCUGUCAUUGUAGAGGUAUCUGGAGAAGCUUUCUACACCGGUACAGCCACCUUCACCGUGGAAGAGGAGGACUCCCUGAAACACGGCUUCUGCUUCAAGUGACCCGAGCCACGCAGCGAUGGCAGAGGCCCACUGGCCUUGCUGUGCUUCCCCUGUACACGCCUUUCUCCUCUCCAUCUCCACACGGCUUCUUGCAAUACCCCAGAGCAACAGGAACAGCCUUCGGUGCUGUGACAGCACCGGCCACGUUGUGAGACGACAGGCCACCAUUCCCUGCUGUGAUGAGCGUGUUGGGUGCAAUGUGAUUGUCCCGGAUGCUCCUUCUCUUACUUUCAAUAGCUAUGCCCAGAAAAGGGAGCUGAUCUUGGAGAGUUGUCUUCAAAUCCAUGUGCCUUGUCUAUGUCUGAAAAUUAGUAAUUACUAAGAUAGAUUUCUACUA